UUUUUAAAAAAAUUAAAGAUAAUUCGUUUGAAAAGUCGAACCUUCAUCACUUUCUUCAAUUUCCACGUUCAUGGAUGCAACCAUUACAGCUCCUCCAUUGACUACACACCAUCAUUAAAUCCCCAAUUUCCAUUCCAUUUCGCUCUUCAUUUCAUUCAAAAUCAGAGUAAAAACUUAGAACUGAUCACAAUAAUGAACGAUCUGUUUUCCACCGAUUCCUUCCGCCAAGAGCGUCACCAUCACCGCCAUGACACCGUCGAGAUGUCCAACAACUCCCCGUCCUCAACGACGAUCAAUCUAAACACCUUCUUCGACGACGUGGAGUCGGUCAAGGCGGAGUUAACAGAACUCGAAGGGCUCCACCGAAGCCUCCAGAAUUCUCACGAACAGAGCAAAACUCUACACAAUUCGAAGGCGAUUAAGGAUGUUCGAUCGCGAAUGGAAACGGCUGUGACAUUGGCUUUGAAGAAGGCUAGGUUUAUCAAGGUCCGGUUGGAGGAACUGGACCGGUCGAAUGAGGAGAACCGGAAGCUUCCUGGUUGUGGGUAUGGAUCCUCGGCUGACCGGUCGAGAACAUCGGUGGUGAGCGGAUUGAGGAAGAAGCUGUGUGAUUCAAUGGAGAGUUUUAACAGAUUGAGAGAAGAGAUAACGAAAACGUAUAAGGAUACGAUUGAACGGAGAUAUUUUACAAUUACAGGGGAAAAUCCGGAUGAGAAGACUGUUGAUUUGUUGAUCUCUACAGGUGAAAGUGAAACGUUCUUGCAAAAAGCAAUACAAAAGCAAGGAAGAGGAAGAGUUUUGGAAACGAUCCAAGAGAUUCAAGAAAGGCACGACGCAGUGAAAGACAUAGAGAGGAACUUGAGAGAGUUGCACCAAGUUUUCUUGGACAUGGCGGUUUUGGUUCAAGCACAGGGGCAGCAGUUAGACGACAUCGAAAGCCAAGUUACUCGAGCCAACUCUGCCGUCAAGCGGGGCACGUCUGAGCUACAAACUGCAAGAUACUAUCAAAAAAACACUCGCAAAUGGAUCUGCAUAGGCGUUGGUGUUCUUGGGGUCAUUCUCUUCAUCAUUAUCCUUUCUGUCGUCCUCUCGAAGAGGAAUAAUUAAGAGGAUGAUGAGUGAUUUGUUUUUUAUUUUUAAAUGAAAUUGCGAUCUGUUGAUUUGGUAAAGUAUUUUGUUUUUAGUUAUUUGUGGCAGUAAAGUUGUGAAUUGUUUUCUUUAAUAUCAUAUGAUCAAAGUCUCAAUUUUAUUGAAACACAGAGGUUGAUGAUUUUUU